UUUCUACACUGUCCGAUCUACUUACAUAGUACAUCCUUACGGUAUCUCCAUAUAUACUCAAGUGCAACACCGUCUGAGUGUAAUUUGGACAUCCACCACCAUCAAUACUCGUCAGAAUGUCCUCUGACAUCGCUCGCGCUCCGUUGAUGAAAAUUGAUCUCCCUUCCCCCGAGGAGUUCAGGAAGAGGAAAGUUGCGCUGAUCUCUGGAAUAACUGGUCAAGAUGGAUCGUAUUUGGCGGAGCUUCUUCUGGAGAAGGGAUAUGAAGUGCAUGGCAUAAUCCGUCGCUCUUCCAGCUUCAAUACUGGUCGUCUAGAUUCUCUCUAUUCGGAUCAGCAUGAGCGACCUAACAAGUUUAAGUUGCACUAUGGUGAUCUCUCUGAUAGCACCAAUCUCGUCUACAUCCUCGCCCAGGUUCUCCCCUCGGAGAUCUACAACCUUGGCGCUCAAUCGCACGUCAAGGUCUCCUUCGAGAUGUCAGAAUACACUGCCGAUGUUGAUGGCGUCGGCACCUUACGCCUCCUUGACGCCAUCCGCACCGUCGGCCUCGAAAAACACACGCGGUUCUACCAGGCUUCGACAUCAGAACUCUACGGAAAGGUAGUCGAGACCCCGCAGAGUGAGACCACGCCGUUCUAUCCUCGCAGCCCAUAUGGUGUCGCCAAGCUGUACGCAUACUGGAUCACGGUAAACUACCGCGAGGCGUACGGCAUGUAUGCGUGCAAUGGAAUUCUUUUCAACCACGAAAGUCCAAGGCGAGGGAGGACGUUCGUCACGAGGAAGAUUACCAGGGCUGUUGCAGAUAUUAGUGUCGGUAAGCAGCAUUGCUUAUACCUCGGUAACAUUGAUGCGCAGAGAGACUGGGGACAUGCUAAGGACUAUGUUGAGGGCAUGUGGCGCAUGCUCCAGCAGCCUACGCCAGAAGACUUUGUUCUUGCCACCGGAGAGACUCACCCUGUGCGAGAGUUUGUCGAGAAAGCCUUCAUAGUUGCUGGGGUGACAAUAAAGUGGCGCAACUCUGGUGUCAAUGAAGAGGGUUAUGACGCUCAGACCGGGCGGGUGGUAGUUAAAGUUGACCCACAGUACUUCCGACCCGCAGAAGUCGACCUUCUCCUUGGCAACCCUGCCAAAGCCGAGCGUGUCCUCGGAUGGAAGCGCCAGGUCGACUUCGACUCCCUCGUGAAGGAGAUGGUAAUUGCUGAUUUGAAGGCGACGAAAAGCCUCGUGGAGGACCAGAACUGAGGAGAAUGCCAAGGCCAACAAAAGAUUUGCAACCGUGUAACCAUGUACAAUUCAAGGACUCUUUCGUGUGGACUGAUAUUCUAGCAUCGUAACAAUCCAAUAUCAUUGACGCAAUUCAAUU